CGAAGCUCCUCUGGACCUGCCCAUCUCCACUUAUAUAUAGUGGAGAGCUCUCCAGAGUGUAUUCAGAUAGACACUGUAUUCACAGGCACACGAGCCUGGGUGGGUGACAGAAGAACAGCCUCUUCUACUGAGUACAAAAUACAGAUCCACCCAGCUGAGCUGCUGCUAAAUAUUCUUACUGAUCCUUCUGCACUUAAGUGUCUUCUCCGCACCUGCCUCCGACACCGUGCAGGGCAAUUUACUGCAGCCUCCUACAGUGAAUACAGGGUGCCAUGAAAAUCCUUGUAGCAUUUGCUGUCGUUCUUCUGGUUUCAGCACAAGUGUUUGCGGCAGAAAUUGGAUUUAAUGAAGACAGUGACUGGCCUUACAGCGACCAAAUUCAGGAGGACAUACAAGGGCCUGUAAUUGAAAGAAUUCUGCAGAGAAUCGCAAGGAAACCCAGACCGGACCAGUUCUAUGGCCUAAUGGGGAAACGGAAUAAUGGAUUCGGUCAAAUUUCCCGCAAACGAUUUGGUCAAAUAUCUCGCAAACGGUAUAAAUCAGGUUCCUUUUUUGGACUUAUGGGCAAACGAUCUUUAGACUCGGGAUCUUCAGAAAGAAACUCACUACUGAAUUAUUAUGAUACCAGAAGAAAAUGAGACUCCUGCCGCCCCAACUAUUUGUUAACCUUCAUUCAUUGAUGGAAGAUGAAGUGUAAUAUGUUAAUAUCCAGUAAAAGGAAUACCUAUUUAUUUUAAGACUUGAUUGUUUUAGCUUCUAUAUUCAAUAAAGCUAUUAUUUUUAAUAGUGUGGCAAUGAUACUUGUUAUCUAAGUGUGCUGUGAUCCUUCAGUUAAGACGCUCAAUGGACUAAAAUAAAGCACAUGAAUGACUUGUAGGGAAAUGACAAAUGAAACAUCACUUUCAUAUAUUUGAAGCAGUGAGCAACCAAUGUGGAGUGCCGUGAGUCCAAUGUUUCCAUGUUUCCAAAAAUCCUGUAUCUUGUUAAUGAGAAUAAAUUAGUAUCAUUGCAGCAUGUUUUUUUAUGUGAAUCCAAAGUCUUCAUUUCACAGUAUAGAUUUUUUUCUGAUAGUGGCACUUUGAAUAAAAAAAAAUUGAGAUUUUGCAACAUU